GAGUGUGUGUGUACUUUAUCUUCCAGCGCUCUCGCGAUAAAGCUAUCUACGUGGCCGGGGGUUCCCGACCAGUGGGCGUAUUGUCUUCCACAAAAGAGAAAGUUUCUUGGCAGUGUCGACGCACAUCUCAUAACGCUCGUUGCCUGGUUCCUGACUUCACGAUUCGUUGGCAUCAUGACGGGGCGAACCACGGCAUGUGCUAUAACCGCUGCAUUGCUGCUUGCAUUCUCAUCGGUUCAAAGCGUGAGCGGCGCCUGUGAUGUCAAGCCAAAACCAGGAGUUGCACCUCGCCAAUACCCGAAUAUAUUCGAGUCCUACCCCAAGGGGUUCAAGCUAUCUGCCGAGGUCAACGACCGUGAGUCAAAAACGACGAUGUUCCUGACAGAGUACUUCGACACGAGGUGGCAUCAAGGCCUUUUGAAAUUGACUAGUGAUGGUGUAUUUACAAAUAUUUAUUACCGCACAGUCUCGGAGGAGAUUUUUAUUUUCGAUGAUCAUUCUUGUGAGACUUUGAGCCUAAAAAACACCCCUAAAGAUCUUGAGACCAUGGCCCUUCGCCUCCAAGGCUACACAAUACUAGGUGCUUCAGCGCUUUUUAUAGGUCCUUCGAUUCCUGGCGGUUACAAGUCGGCGUACCAAGGCCAAGGCGGAAAUGUCAGAGGAAUCCGCACACAGAAAUGGUCCACUUGUGUCGACAACGAAAGUGAACCUGUGGAUAUUUUCUUCGCUGAGGAUCCAGGCGCAGACCUAGGGAAUGCUACAAGCAAGGCUGUGCCCGUACGGAUUCAACAAGGAAAGGAAACCACCGAUAUCAUGAUGAUGCAACCAUAUGAAAACGACAGGGACAAAAAAUUCGAGAUUCCGAUAGGUCUGGGAUGUACACGUCUUGCAGCAAACCUUCCGAAACCCCCAGACCUUUCCAAGGUCACGAUGGAAUUCCAUUCUGAGCUUACCUUCUCCGAUCGGACUUUGAAGAAUUCCUACUCUUACAUGUCUCAUUUAGAUACAAUCUACAACACAGAAAAGCAGCUUUUCAGUUACAUCAUGGAACCCUGGGAGACAUCGGCACCCAUUAAACCGACCCUGCCGCAGGAUGCAACGCAGAAGAUAUGGGACGCCAGAAACGGCAUGGUCUACAAACUAGGUACGAUGAAGGGGCGUCCCUACUGCACGAUAGAGGCUCAAAGUAAUUAUUCUCUGAGGGUGACGCUCCCAGACAGAAACUCUGCAAACAUGUUAGAAAUCAUCUUUCUGGACUACGACGUGCUGCAAAACGCCAGCUAUCUUGGCAGGCAUGUGGUUCGAGGAAUUCCCACAGAGACCUUCGAGAUAGCCACGGGUGAGCUUCCAGCCAAAGUCGACUCCUUCACGAAAGCUAUCGUCACCUACCACUAUCUUCCGGCACGCUCCUUCAUUAGAGUUUCAAACAAAAGUAUUCCGGUCAAAGUUGCAAUGCAGACGUUCAUCAACCAAAAUGGCAAAGAAAGACCUCAAUUUUCGCUGGUGGCAAACAUCCAUGACAUCUCGACAUCAAUGGAACGUCUGAAUGAGAAACUGAAUGUGCAAAGUUGCUACAAGGAAGAUGACUCGAGUAACACCUGGAUUCAGAUUGGAUUUCCAGUUCUGAAUAAGCUUGUCCUGCUGCUCAAUCGGGGACCACACAUCAAGAGUGCAUUUCUCGAGAAGCUGUUUUCCCUGUCGUCGUUGUCUCCAUUGCGAGUUCCUCGUGUCAUGGUGGAUUUUACCAGCAACAUGAUAUACGUGACGGCCCUCAUCUUAGAACGACCUAAUCUAAAAGGAGAUUUUAUGGAGAAGAAAAAUUUCGGACUCAAAGUUUCUGAUUGGUCUGAAACCGCAAUCACGUUUGACGACUGCCUCAAGUUGUGCUUAAGUGGGGACUACAAUGGAUGCAGCAUUGCAUCAUACUGCGGCGCUUCGUGCUACACUUCCACCACCACGGUUGCUGACAAGACAACUGCACUUUAUAAGACGAUCGGAUGCAAUUCCUACAUCAGAAAAACAUCCACCAAUUCAGAAAGUUCUCCACUUACUCGCGAUGCUCUUGCCGCUGUUCAGGACGCGGUCGAAAGAAGCAACUUCGUGAUCUAUGUGGACGCCGAACCUGUGAUGCGUCUCACCCUGAUAGCCGAAAGCAUGGAAAAUUCGAUUGAUUCCGUCCCUUUCGCUUCUCAAAAUAUGGACGCCAGCGAUCGCAGAAAGUUACAAAGAGAUGGUGGAAAGGUGGAAGGAUUCGAAGCUUACAGCUUCGAGUACAAGUUCAAGCCGGGUUCCGAGAGCACCGUACACCUGGGAAUGUACCCUCUGGAAGACUGUUCGGCCAUCUGUCGUGACCGCGAGGACUGCCUGUCAUUUUCAUCGUGCCUCGUGAGCUCCGAGUGUAGCAUCAGCACGACGAGAGCUCGCAAUACCGAAAACGUGGUGAAGGCGCCAGCGUGCAGCGUCUUUGACAAAUCCUUUACGACCAAUUUCGAGGCCUUCGAAGGCAUCUCUUUGAGCGUGACCGCCAGGAGGACGAUUCAGGUGGACGGGAUACAAGACUGCGCUCGUUACUGCGAGUUGGAGAAGGGCUUCAACUGCAAGUCUUUCGACUACUGCCGCAUGGUCUCGCAAACUGGGGACUCGUGCCGCCUGCACGAGACGCACCUGACGGACCCCGGAGACGCCUCCCGAAUUAAAUCCCAGACUGCGGAUAAGUGCGUCCAUUACUCGAGGAAGUACCUCAACGACUUCAGGAAGCAGAAAUCGUCGCGCGUCACGUCCGACGCCUACACGGUAAUCGCGAAAGUGUCGGCCGCGCAGUGCGCCAGACAGUGUCGCGAAGCCCUGUUUUUCUGCGGCAUCUUCCACUUCUGCACUGGACCCCAGAAUCUGGGACGCGGAGACUGCUUCCUGCACAACGGUGACGCCAGCUCCUUCAAGACCGUCCAUUCCCCCGUUUGCAGCGCCUACACGUACAUCGAAGACCCUGACACCAAGAGCUUUUUGGCACGAACCGCCGCACUUCACAGCAACGGCAAGGCUGGCGGGCUGGCCUUCUUCAUGAUACUUCUAGGAGCUGGAAUGGGAGUGGCUGGCCUCGUCGCUUUUGGUGUCUACAAGAGAACGAAAUUUAACCGGGUCUGAGGUGUGGUCGAGUCUAAUCUAAAACUGGUUUACAUCUUAUGGCGUGAGUCAAAUAAAUUGUUAUUAUAAUAUUGCAUAUUUAAAAGGAGGACCGAUCUAAUUUAUAAAACUUGAAAAUAGCAUUAUAUUCACAGUGAUUCUGUGGUUGAAAAAAAAGUGUAACUACUGACCAAAAAAUGAACUUUUUGAAGAAUUAAACCAAUGACAUCCCAUUG